CCCUCGGCACCGCCUGACAGGACAGCGUUUGGGUGGGGGAGACCACAAACAGGUGUCGCCGCGAGCGGCGGGGGUUGGCUUAUUGGUAACCGACUGCAAAACAAAUGUCUCACAAGUGUGGUUAAAAAAAGGACAUAAUGUACCGUCGACGAAGCUGCCAGCCAAGUGCCAGUGACGGGUUUAAAAUCUGAUUUGUUUUCCCUCUUUAAUAAAAACGCGAUUACUAUUCGUCUCCCUCCUGAAACCCGCCCCGGUUAAGGUGGGCCCACGCCUCCCGCUUUUAAGACACCGACUCUAAGCGCCUCGACUAUAGAAUGGGAGGCUGCGCUGGGGCGACCUCCGGACUCGCGGGUUAGAGUCGGCUGUAGGCAGGCGGUCGGGCCUCGGGAAUGUGGAGUUACGUGGGCCCAGUGGCCGGACGCCUGACCCUGGCGCUCAGCGCAGACCGACAGAGGCUCCAGCGGUUUUGCGGCAAACCCCCGCAGGGAGAAGGCUCGGUGACGCAGGCCAGAGCCCAGGCUGAAGGACGUCCAGCUUUCAAAUUGCCAGGAUACAAACCCUCUAGUUUUGAUAAAAAGAUGUUGGUGUGGAGUGGUCGAUUCAAACGAGAAGCAGAUAUACCAGCUGCGGUUUCAUUUGAGAUGAUUGAUGCUGCAAGGAACAAGAUGAGAGUGAAAGCGAGUUAUUUUAUGGUGAUCAUGACUGUUGUUGCCUGUAUUGGAACAAUAAUCUCUGGGAAGAAGGCUGCCAAUAGACACGAAUCCUUGACAUCCAUCAACAUGGCAAAAAAAGCCCGAUGGAAAGAGGAGAAACAGCAGGAAGCAGAAGACACCAAAAGGCAAUGAUUCAGUGUGGACUGAAACUUGCGAUGAUAACCAGUGUGAUUUUUGUUGUAUUAACACAACAUACAUAAUAGGACAACAAAAUACUGUGCCUCAAGUGAGGAAUUCCUGAAUGUAACCAGUUAAUGUUUUCUUCCAAUUUAGUUUGGUUAUAAAAUGAAAAUAAUUGUAGCCACAAAUUUAUGAAAUUACUAUCCUAUUUUCCUUGUAUUUGAAUAAUUGACAGGGAAGAGUCAUUUGCAGUACAGUUAUAUAGCAUCACAAUAGCCAGAUUCUGCACAUGAUCACGCUGCUGAAAAGGAAGUAAUUGCAAUUAGUAAAGUGCUAUGCCCUGCAUUUGCUAGUUAUCUUUUCUUGGGUUUUACAAAGUAGCUAAAGUUACUCCUAAUGUGUCUGCUGUUUUUCUGCUUUAACAUUUUUCUUGAUCAGAAAAUAAAACUAACAUUUCACCUGUUAAUUAGUAAUCUUAUUCCCUUAAUGGUUUAACAUUGGAAAUAACUUGCUACAUUUAGGCUUAGAGCUGUUGUCUCUUCAAGAAACUAUGUUCACUUGCCUGAUUCACUAGACAAGUGCAAGAGACCUAGUGUUAGAGUUGCUGUGCUUUGUUGGAGUGAUCAGCCCUUGGAUCUCUUAGCAUGAGCUUUCUCAUCCUCCAGUUGAUGAGAAUGCAUAUGGAUUAUGAAAUUUGAAAUGAAUUAUUAGGUUGAAAAGGAUUUAACACAUUGUUGGAACUGGAAUGUUAAAAGGCUAAAAAGGAAAUUGAUUUACCUGCUGCUCUUUCUUUAAGAAAGUCACUUCAGAAGCUUUUAGGAGUUAAGUAUAAAGUGUAGAGUUUUAUUGCUUUAAUGUUGAAAAUAGACCUACACAACCUUAAAUGAAUCUGCCUAACUAUUACCAUCACCUUGCAACAGACUUUGGACUGUAGUGGUUUCUUCCUCUCUUUCUCUUCCCUUCCCCCUGACCGAGUGUUUCAGGACAAUAUUUCUCAGCUGAACCUACAACCUUUUCCAAAGAUUUUCCACUAAUCUACAAUGGUCAGCAAGCAGAUCUUAUUGAUAGGAAAUCAGAGGAAUUGAGGUCAAACUGUCAAUCUGCCAGUGACCCACAGUGGUAUGCAGUUGUUUCCAUUUUAGCUUAAGUGUGCAUGUUAGAGAUUAAGGGAUUAUAAUUUAAUUUACAUGGUAGAUUUUGUUGCUUAAACUGUUUGCAAUUUGACUAAUUUUGCCUGUAAUAAACACCUUGGAUAUUUAUGAAAA